UUGACCCUCUUAAGUAUUUUAAUGAAUUAUAGCACACAUGCUUUUGAUUAUGAAUUUCUGGUUGACGUAGACAGUCUUCAGCGAGCUUGACUGGAAAUUAAAAGGGUUUACCCAAAUGCCAGGAACAUCACGUUACGUUGGUCAAUAGACUGAGAACAUCACCUGGCUGCCAUAAAUUGGUAUUAUGGGCGGCACAUUUUCUCAUCCUCAUUGGACUGUACGAGCGGUUGCCAUAAUUUAGGUAUUAUGGACGGCACAUUUCUUGUCCUCAUUGGACUUCUUGUACAAGUGAGUGGCUAUAAAUGUGUGCCGCGGCAAUGCCAGAGGUACCAUUUCUGUUCUCACCAUCAAAUCAUCAUAAUUUGCAGUUACAAUCCAAUUCUCCUUAAAAAAAAUUUAUCAAUGGAGAAGAAAAGCACUUCGAGUGUCCCAGUAUUUGAUAUGCAAAAUUUUCCAGGAAAAUACGAGAAAGGGUUGAAAGAGGCAUGCGAGGAAUGGGGUUGUUUCAGAUUAGUGAAUCACACCAUACCCAUCUCACUGAUGUCAGAUAUGAAGGCACUGGUGAGUUCUCUGUUCGAUCUUCCGAUCGAAAUCAAGAAAAACAACCUCCCUGCCAUUGUUGGGAGCUGCUAUAUUGAUCGCAGCCAGUCCAACCCACUCUAAGAAGCACUUGGACUCUAUGAUAUUGGUUCCAAUCAAGCUGUUCAACAAUUCUGUUCUCAGCUCGGUCUCUCUAACCAUCAACGGAGCGUAAUCGAAGCUUAUGCUCAGGGAAUCAAUGAUUUGGCUAUGGAAAUAUUGGAAAAAUUGACUAAAACUAUGGGACUGAGUGGUUACUCCUUUGAGGGUUGGCCUAUGUUGUUCAGAAUUAACAAGUACCAUUUCAUACCUGAAGCUGUAGGCACUGUGGGGGUCCAAUUGCACUCUGAUGCCGUGUUCUUGACUU